AUGAGUUUCUUUGGGAAGCCAAAGUUCAGUGGAAAUGAAUUUAUGGUUAGGUGCCAGUGUGCACAACGCCGAAUAGAUGCCCAGAAAAGGAAGUAUGUCACCAACUCCCGCUCUUUGAAAAAGCAGAUUUUGACCUUCUUGGAGAACAAUGAGCGCGAAAAGGCUUACGACAAGUGCGCGAUACUUGUUCAAGAGGACUACAAAUGUGAAGCUUUAGAGGAAUUAGUGGAUAUCAUUGAUGAGCUUCAAAAGAACUCCGAGGUCAUUGCUUCACAACGAAUUUGCCCAUUAGAACUUAAAGCUGCUUGUGGUGCUAUUCUCUACGCAUCGCCGUACUUCCCAGACCACACAGAGAUGAUGGAAAUGCGUAACAUGCUCAUCGACAAAUUUGGAAAGACGUUCCCCGAAGACUGCGUCAAUUCAAAGGUCGUCUCAGCAAAGUUGAUGUCACGACUUUCCUCGAGAAAUAUCGACUCUGACGUCAUCGAGUAUUACCUCGACAACAUCGCAAAGGAAAAUAACCUUCAAACGACAACAGCUGCCGUCCCAACACAAAACCCAGAAGACGCUCUUCCUGCCGACGCGUCUCGUUGUGAAUUGUCGAAAUUACCAGAAGGCACCCAAUACGUCAAAUAUGUGUUUGGUGUGUUGACAAGAAACUCGACGGGGAAUAUCCGUAAAGGAGGUGACAAAGUCCAAGUCUUCAUUGCUGGCCCAAACAACGCGAAGAUAGUUGGUGAUGUGAAGGAUUUACACGAUGGAACAUAUGAUUUGUCAUUCGACCCACCUUAUGAAGGCGACUACUUAAUCGCGGUGUACAUCAACGACAAACAAAUGAACCAAGUCGGAAAGCUUCACAUUAAAGAAGGCUCCAUGGUGGAUUUAAAUCAGUGCCUUGUCGAAGGCAAUGGAUUGAAUGGAGGGUAUGUCAACGAAAAACAAUUCUUCACGGUCUUUGCUAAAGACCAGAAUGGGAGAACAGUUGGGAAAGGUGGGGAACCAUUUGUUGCGUAUGUAGCGGGGCCCGGUGAUGUCAGAAUAGUUGCGGACAAGACUGACUUAAUGAAUGGACAGUACGAUUUUUGUUACAUUCCUCCUGUCGUUGGAAAUUACGCGAUUGCCAUCUACCACAACCAAACACAAGUCAAAAACGUGUUCCAACUUGAAAUCAAAAAUAAAGAGACUUUCAAGCCACAAUUUGUUUCAACUCCAGAAGUCGUACAUCAACCACAAGAAGUCAAGAGUGUCGGAGUUCGAGUGGGAAAACCCGGCGAACAUUUCAUUAUCGAUGUUGGAAGUUGUAUUAUCAAAGCGGGAUUUGAAAGUGCGGGGAACCCGACGUUGUUGACGGCGAAUGUCGUUGGGGAGAACCUCCAUAAAGCAAAUAUGCUUGGCACGCCACCCAUCUAUGUUGGAGAUGACGCGAUUGGAAAACGUGGAAUUCUUACUUUGACGUACCCCAUGCAGAAGGAUCCGGUUGACUUUGAGAAGCUUGGUCGUGUACUUCAAUACACGAUGGAGAGAGCGAAGGGUCAUCCCGUUGUAGUAGUUAUGAACCCACUUGCGCCACUGCAAAUGAAGAUCAAUAUGUGCGAGAUGUUAUUUAAAGAAGAAGCCGAGAGCGUGAGGUUUGUCGAUGAGGCGCUUGCGGUGUCUGCGUAUUAUAAGAAGCCGUCGUGUAUUGUUGUUGACAUUGGAGGGAUGAUGAGUUGGGCGAUCCCAGUAGUGAACGGUGUUGUCUACAAAGAGAUUUCGGAGAAGAUGCCGAUUGCUGGAGUGAAGUGUACAGAAGUCUUUGCCACAUUGUUAACAAAAGAAGGAGUCAACCUUGGGAGCACAUCGAGCGAGAAAGUGAUAUCGCGACAAAUCAAAGAGUGUGUUGGGUAUAUUGCGAACGACGGUGCACCAGCUCCAAGUCUGAAAUAUGACAUGCCUGAUGGCACUUUAAUUAAUGUUGGCAACUCACGAACACAAUGCUUUGAGCCAUUGUUCAAUCCACAAUUGUGUUCAAUGUCGUGCAAUGGAUUAAGUCAAAUGGUUGAAAAGGUUUUGCGCUCCAUCAAUGGUACGACCAAUGAAGUCGUGUUGGUGGGUGGUGGUGCAAUGAUCAAAGGCAUUAAAGAACGAAUUGAGGGUGACAUCAUGAAAGCUCUCAAUUUCAAAAUUAACGUGACCGCAGAUAAGAACGCAAAGUAUGCGAUGUGGAUGGGAGCCGGUAUGCUCGAUAAACAAAAUGCAGGGACUCUCAUCACCGCACAAGUCUGGAAAAAUGAGGGCGCCUUGUGUUUGGAUGACUAA